UACCAACUAAAACUACCUAGGUACCUAUCUACCUACUACCUACAUACACCUACCAAUCUACAUUGGACUAGAAUACUACUAUUUCAAUUCAAUAGGUACUUAUCUACCUACGAGUUCGGCGAAUCGUCAGGCGAAUCACAAUUUGAUAUCGUCAUUUGGUUUCGCUGUUGGAUGUAUAACGCAACGCUCCUGAAGUGAAUCACUUUAUUGUCGCCGACAAGUAUUCGACUACCUACUCUUUUUGGUAAAUAAACCGAUCGUAACGCGCGCCGUCACCGCGGCAUCCGGCUUUUCGAUGAUACUUUGUUCCAGUACUCAUGUGAAAUGAUUUCGCCAUGAACGAAGACAAAAUGAGUUCGAACAGCGUGGAAGCGGAGUAUAUGGAUAUCGCCAACAGAAAUGCUUGGCCGAUAGUCUAUCAGAAAAUAGGCAGAGAAUGCCAAACAUACCCAUACACGUGCACAGAAGCAAAAAAACCUCAGAACAAACCCUUGAAUCGCUACCGUGAUGUCAACCCCUACGACCACAGCCGCGUCAUCCUCCAGCGCUGUGAUCAUGACUAUAUCAACGCUAACUUAGUCAAGAUGGAGAAGGCGAACCGGAAGUACAUUCUCACACAGGGCCCACUGGCGUUCACGGUGACCCACUUCUGGUUGAUGGUCUGGGAGCAAAAUAGCCGUGCUAUUCUGAUGCUGAACAAGAUCAUCGAGAAGAACGAGAUCAAAUGCCACUGGUACUGGCCGCAUGGUAUCGGGGAACAACACAAGAUGGAACUCACAGAUGUUCAGAUGACCGUUGAGCAGGUCAGCGAAGAGGACUGCAACUAUUAUUGCACCAGGGUUUUCAGAAUCUUCGACCAAGUGAGCUCGGAGAGCCGCGAGGUGAUCCAGUUCCACUACACCACGUGGCCUGACUUUGGUGUUCCCUCGUCGCCCGACGCCUUCCUGGCGUUCCUCCGCAGGGUGCGGUCCUCGGGAUGCUUGGAUGCCGCCGUGGGGCCCGCCGUGGUGCACUGCAGCGCCGGCAUCGGCCGCUCCGGCACUUUCUGCUUGGUGGACUCCUGCCUUGUCAUCAUCGAGAAUGAAGGUCUGGACACCGUGAACAUACAGCAGAUUCUUCUGGAAAUGCGCCGGUACCGCACCGGGCUGAUCCAAACUCCCGACCAGCUGCGGUUCUCGUACCAAGCCAUCAUCGAGGGAGCGAGGAGGCUGGACCCUAACUGGAAAGAGACUACUAUGGAGGAGAGUAUAUACUCACCAGUGGCUGCGGAUGAGGAGGAAGCCCCUCCCCCGCCCCCGCCCCGCGCGGAGAGCCUCACCCGCGCCCCCGCCCGCCCCCUGCCUGCUAUACCGGCCAGCACGUCGCUUGGCAACAUGCAUCAGUACACGCGCGAAUCGACCUCAUCGGACGAAAGCCCGCCGACGCCGCCGGCGCGCGACUCCACAUCCGCCUCCUCAGCUGAUGACGAGGAUGACGAGCCAGCCACACAACCCGCCGAGAGCGGCGACCAAUCAGAAUCUGUGCGCCGGCGUCGAACCCGGGACCGCGAGUUAGCCGAGCGGGUCUCAGCCAUGAAGCGGCGCGCCCGCGACGCCGAGAAAUGGCACGCACUGAAGAGGUUAAAACCGGAGGGCUUACCUCAUACAGAUUCGUGCGAAGACUGACAAUAAUAGGUAAAUUUAGUAUACUUUAUAUCUUGGACAUAUCUCGAUUAGUUGCAGAAAUAAGUAAGUAGGGAUGCCGCGUCUGAUAUAUUAUAAUUACUUUAAUAUUUCAGUUUUUAGACUUUAUUGUCGGGUACACCAUUGCGAGCCUUAAUAUUGUCUACAAAAAAAUAAUUUAUUUUCUAAAUUCGUCACGCGGUUGUAUUGCGUAGCGUAGGUUUAUAUGAUAUGUAUUAAUGUUUAUGUGUUUCUAAAUUAAAUAUACUAGACCUAUAUAUGAGAUAAUACCUUUUGUUUUGUACUUUCACGUAUGUGAUCUGUAUAUUUGUGACUGAAGCAAAAAAAUAUAGAACUUUUCUAUUAUUUAGUUCAUUGAUAACGCUAGUUUGCAUUUCUUUUAAAAUAUCAACGCUUAUUAGUUUUUGUGAUAUGGGUUUUCCUGAUUGGAUAUCUUAACAAGUAAGCACUUACUUGAUUGAGCAAAAGAUGUAAGUUCGUGAUACAAAACUAUAAAUGUAACAUCGUGAUAUGUAACCAUGAAAUGUAUGGGGGAUUUAUAAAUUUUACUCUCAACGGUAACAGCUCCAUUAGAAGAAAUUUACGUAUGACAUGAAUGAUGGUUGUUAAGGACAAGAGACAGAUAUAUAAAAUUAAUAUGUUUAUUCUUUAAUCACAUUCGGUAAUAAUUUUUACUGGAAAUCAAAAAUCGAAUGUUAUAAUUACAAAUUAUUAUUUUUUAUUCCUUUCAAUUUUGUUUUUAGUUGUUAAAAUAUCGCGUAGUUCAAGAUCGAUACAACAAAUUUUGUCAUUUUUUAGUUUGAAUGAUUAUUUCCUGACUCUUUCAUUGAUGUGCGAAUUUUGUAAAUAGAAACAAUGUUAUUAUUGGCGUUGUUAUUAUAUUGUUUAUGAUUUCUCAAUCACGACAUAAGACAAGAUUUUCUCAAGAUUAUUUGUUUCUAUAAUCGUCAAUUGAUCGUAGUUUCGUAUCUGACGUCACGCAUAUAUCACCGCUUCACAUGAUCACAUUUUGUAAUUAUAUUUAAAAUAUUUAUUUUUACUAAUUUAAGGUAACAUUGAUGAUUCAUUAUUCAUAAAAAAUGACAAAGGCAACCUUACAGGAAGGUAUGACUAUGUGUCAUGCUACAGACGCACAUUAAAAAAAUGGUUGCCUGUAAAGUCGGUUUUACGGGCGAAGAUUUUACGUGACAACGUCUUUUUACGCGCGCGACAGACCGAUCAUAGUUGAGUGGGAGAGAGACGCAAGGCAUUCGGCGGGCCUCUCUCUCGUUCGGUGACUCAUCGUAACGUUACCGGGCGUUACACUUUUUCAUAAGUGACUCCCAGCCGCAAACUAAUUUAAGACGUUGUCACGUCAAAAUUAAUUUAAAAUUUUGUCUGCUGCCCGCCUCAAAGAUAGCGCAGAUAUAGAUUUUGUAGAGAUUUUAGCUCGCGGUCGCACGCUGUAACUGGCUGAGAGUCAUGGUCACGUGUCAACUUACUCGAAGGACGUGGCAAGUACUAAAACUUCCGUCCCUCUUACGCAAUUGGCUCAGUUUUGAUGAUAUGAGAUAUUGAAAUUAAAACAGCGCCACGCUACGGCAGCCAGACGUAACUCAACCGAGUGCACAAUUACAAUUACGAAUACGUUUUGAAAUAAGACUUCCUAAUAAGCUCAACGGCCACGUUUUUUGGCCGUGGCCGUGGCCAACAAAACUUUCUGUUUUGUUUAGAAAAAGUGGCCGUUGAGCUCAUAAAUGUAUCUUCUUAUCUAGUAUUUGUAAUUUGACGGUGAUUAAUUUCGCCUAUUGUUAUUUGGACAAGAAUUUUGAGGGGCUGUUACAUUCUCCUUUGGUCACACACUUAAUAUCACAUAUUUCAUCUACCUACUGGAUAGAUAUGAGAUAUAUAUGUACAUACUCAAUGAUAAAUGUCUGCUACGCUGUCAGUGUAAAUCUUAGACAUACGUUUAGUAUUUAGUUUUUUAAAAUAACUUUCCAUUACAUAGAUUUUUUUUUACGAUACCUUUAUUGGGGGACGGCUUAGUUUAUGAACUUAUAGUAGUAGAAGUGUAUACGAAUGUAGUGUUAUAUUAUAGAUACCUAUGUAUAUUUUGGGAAAUUUUUUAAUUAAAAAAAAUCUAUCUUUGUAAACAUUAGUGAAUUUUUGGCUUGUUUGACGGCAUCUUAUGAAAUGUGGAACUGAAAAUUAAUUUUUCAAAUUUCUUACGAACUUGUUUCUGCAGUCUCAAUGUGGGAUAGAAUGGAAAACAAAACUUGAGUAUUUAUGAAGUCAUUUGUUUUAUUAUUACCCAGCCAAUAUAAAAUUAAUUUUCAUUCCGAAAUUCAUGUUGAUUGUGGAAUCAAAUUAAAAUAAACUCAUUAAUUUCGUAAUUCAAUAAAGUAACUCCCGGUAGAAGGUAUUCAUGAAAUCCUCACUUUAAUGAUUAUAUAAUGAGAGGCUCCCUUGACUUCUUAUGUGUAUGCGCUGUACACGCAGAUAUCUUGCCACUAAUUUGAUAUUUUAGGUUAUCACGACAAUGGUCUUUUUAGUUCCCCAGUAAAGGUACUCGCUACACAACAUAUUUACAGUAUUAUGUAAUACGCAUUUCUAGAUCUCAGUCUCGCUGGCACUAUCAAUUUGUUAGAUGCAUUUUAAGAAAGUUAAAUAGGUAACUAUUUACCUUGAGAUUGCUUUUAUAUUAUUUUUAUGUAAGUUUAUUACAUAUAUAGUUUGUGAUACAACAUAUUUUAAAUUUCCUAAAAUGCAUAAUCCGUUUACAGAACUAACGGGACUUAAUUGUAGAUCAAUUUGAUUAACUAUAUUAUACUGUACAAGCCACCAGGUUUAGCUCCUUGUUGGAAUUUUGAGGUUGCUAACUGCUAUUUCAAGUUAUAUUCUACUGUCUGUCUGUACUCGUGUAUUAAACAUCAAAAUCCGUCCAGUACAUUUCCCAACAUUAAGUAACAAACGACAUCGUUCAUCCAAAUAUUCGCAUGGAAAAUAUACAUUUUUUUUUACAACUAAGCUGUAAUAUAAUGUUAGCGCACCAAGAUCGACUUUAUGGCCACCGACAGACAGUUCACAAUCGCUUACGCUGGAUCGCGUUUAAUUUUGCACUCUUGGUGUGCGCCGCCCCUAGGUAUAAAGUCAAAAGUCGAAUGUUAUAUCAAGCUUCGAUCUGCAUGCACCAAUAUAUAUUUAGAUAUAAUUUUGACCUUUACUGGCACAAGAUACUAUGAGUGACUAAAAUAGAUUAUAAAUUGCAGUCUACUUGGAUUUUCAUAGACAUGAUGUAAUAAAUAUAUAACAAAGUGUAAAAUGAACUGAACAUAAGGAGGAAGGAUUUUUUUGACUAGCAAUGUGUCAGAGUCGGUCAUAAAACUAAUCUUAUGAAAAUCCUAGUAAAUAUUAGGAAUGUCACGUGUCCUAUGGACAUGGAAGAAAUGGUUUUGCAUUUAGUACCGCUCUUUUUUAUAAAUAGCCGUACUAAUGUUGAAACUAAAAUGUAUUAUGUACGUACUUGAUGUAAUCCAUUGUCCCCAGUAUACAUAAUAAAAUGUUUCAUUAUA